GUAAAUGCUUUUCUCAUAUUAUCGGGGAGAUUGGUGUAUAAGCAACCUUACAGGUCACUUAAAAAAGAUGGUAUUGCUGUUUGGAGCCUGUGGGGAUGGCGAAAUAAGUGAGACUUCAAGGACAUCUACAACUUUGCUAUCAUGAAUUUCAUGGACAUCACCAAGGCCCACCUAUUGGGAAAACAAGCGGUGGGAACUGGCAGCUACAAAUGAACGCCUCCUCCCAAGAAGUUGAUAAAACUCAAUAUCUACGGAACUAGUAGGGGCAAUCCGAGAGACGCUGGUGCUGGAGGAAUUAUCAGGGGCUGGUGUGGUAGGUAGGUUUCUAGGGGGAUUUGCAUGCAAAUUAACCUGGCACUUGCAUUUCAAUUAAAGCCGAGCUUUGGGCUGUCAUUCAUGGAUUAGAACUUGCAUGGGACAAAGGUUAAAGGAAAAUCAUCGUGGAAAGUGAUAUUCAACGUGUCAUUACUCUGCUGCGUAAUAGGGAUAUGUCGCAGGAUGCUCACUCCCCCUUUCUCUGAAAAAUCUCUCAACCAAGAGGAAGGCCACUGGAGUUCAUUUUCAUGCAGGCGCGCAUACGAAAAGAGGGCCACAUCUGUGCUGACUGCUGCGCCAGGUUUGGAGAUGAUAUGGACCUAGCGAUGAAAAGACUUGAUGUAGUCCCAGAGGAGCUCUGGACUCUCUUGUCGGCUAACUCAGUGGGUCCUUUUGAUUUCGGGCUUUGGCCCCUUGUAGCUCCAAAAGAUCUUUGUGGUUCUUUUUUUUUAUAUAUAUAUUUUCUUCUCUUAAGAGAGAAUAAUACUGAAUUCAAUUCAAUUCGAUUUAAAUAUAGUUAGGGACGGGUGGCAUUUUUACCCGCUUCUCCGUCAAAAGGGGCUCAAGAGACAGGCUACAAAAAUGGAGAAAUUGAUGGUUUCUGCGACAGCUCCACACCAAGAUAAUUUCUUUCACGAUAAUUUGGGUAAAUUCGGUGCCGCGUUGGGGACAAAACUGGAACUGGAACUGGAACAUGGCGUCUCUCUCUUUCAAAGAUUUCAAUGGUUUUUUAAUGCAGACUUAAUCUGUCGAUACCUAGAAGAUUAUAAUGGGAAUGCCGGCGAAUGUGGAAAUUGGUUCUCAUGUUUGGGUUGAAGAUCCUGAAGUAGGUUGGAUAGAUGGAAUUGUAAUUAAUAUUGAACAAGAUGAAGUUGAGGUUCAAACUAGUGAUGGAAAGACAGUUGCUGUAAGUUCAUCGAGGAUUUAUCCGAAUGAUGUGGAGGCUCCUUCCGGUGGAGUUGAUGACAUGACUAGGCUGCAGUAUUUACAUGAGCCUGCAGUCCUUCACAAUUUGGCAACUAGAUAUGAAAUCAAUGAAAUUUAUACUUAUAGCGGAAACAUUCUAAUUGCUGUCAAUCCGUUUCAACCACUCUCACAUUUAUACGAUGUUUACGUGAUGGAGCGAUAUAAAGGAGCCCCAAUUGAAGGACUAAGCCCUCAUGUUUUUACAAUUGCUGAUGUUGCAUAUAGGGAAAUGAUCAAAGAGGGUAGAAGCAACUCAAUUCUGGUCAGCGGUGAAAGUGGGGCUGGUAAGACCGAAACAACUAAAAUGCUCAUGCGUUACCUUGCAUAUUUGGGUGGCCAUUCUGGUGCUGAAGGACGGACUGUUGAACAGCAAGUUCUUGAAUCAAAUCCAGUUCUUGAAGCAUUUGGCAACGCAAAGACUGCUAAAAAUAACAAUUCUAGCCGUUUUGGAAAAUUUGUGGAGAUCCAGUUUGAUAAGAAGGGAAGAAUAUCUGGAGCAGCUAUCAGAACUUAUCUUCUCGAGAGGUCUCGUGUUUGCCAAAUUUCUGACCCAGAGCGCAACUAUCACUGUUUUUACCUUUUAUGUGCUGCACCACAAGAGGAGAUUGAGAAAUAUAAGCUGGGAAAUCCCAAGUCUUUUCACUACCUUAAUCAAUCCAAUUGCUAUGAGCUGGUUGGUGUUAGCGAUGCCCAAGAGUAUAUCACCACUAGGAGAGCCAUGGAUGUUGUUGGGAUAAAUGAGAAAGAGCAGGAUGCUAUUUUCAGAGUUGUGGCUGCGAUUCUUCAUCUUGGUAAUAUCAAUUUUGAAAAGGAUGAAGACAUUGAUUCAGCUGUGGUAAAAGAUGAGCAAUCCCUAUUUCAUCUUCAAAUGACAGCAGAGCUUCUCAUGUGCGAUCCUCUUUCAUUGGAAGAUGCACUAUGUAAGCGUGUAAUGAUAACCCCAGAAGAAAUCAUCAAGAGAAGUCUUGAUCCUCAUGCUGCAGCAGUCAGCAGGGAUGGUUUGGCCAAGACAAUAUAUUCUCGCUUGUUUGAGUGGUUGGUGGAUAAAAUUAAUGUCUCCAUUGGGCAAGAUCCUAACUCAAAAUGCCUGAUUGGGAUCCUUGACAUAUAUGGUUUCGAGAGCUUUAAGGCUAACAGUUUCGAACAGUUUUGCAUUAAUUUUACAAAUGAAAAGCUGCAACAACACUUCAACCAGCAUGUAUUCAAGAUGGAGCAAGAGGAGUAUGCAAAAGAGGAAAUCAAUUGGAACUAUGUGGAAUUUGUUGAUAAUCAAGAUGUUCUGGAUCUUAUUGAGAAGAAACCGGGUGGGAUAAUUGCUCUGCUUGACGAAGCAUGCAUGUUUCCAAAAUCAACUCACGAGACAUUUGCACAAAAACUCUACCAAAUAUUCAAAGAUCAUAAGCGGUUCAUCAAGCCAAAAUUGACUCGCUCAGAUUUUACCAUUGUUCAUUAUGCUGGAGAGGUUCAAUAUCAGUCUGGUCAAUUUUUAGACAAAAACAAAUACUACGUGGUUGCUGAACAUCAAGAUUUGUUGAGUGCUUCUAAAUGCUCUUUUAUAUCUGGCCUCUUUCCUCCACUUUCAGAGGAGUCAGCCAAACCAUCCAAGUUCUCAUCCAUUUGUUCCCGUUUUAAGAUCCAACUACAACAAUUGAUGGAUAUACUAAAUUCCACAGAGCCCCACUACAUUAGAUGUGUGAAACCAAAUAAUUUAUUAAAACCUGCCACAUUUGACAAUAUCAAUGUCAUUCAACAGUUACGUUCUGGUGGAGUUCUAGAGGUAAUCAGAAUCAAAUGUGCUGGUUACCCUGCUCAUAGAACCUUCUCUGAAUUCCUAAUUCGAUUUGGUAUUCUUGCUCCAGAGAUUUUUAAAGGGAAUUAUGAAGAAAAGGUGGCAUGCAAAUGGAUUCUGGAAAAGAUGGAGCUCAAAGGAUAUCUGAUGGGGAAAACAAAGUUGUUUCUAAGAGCUGAACAGAUGGCUGAGCUAGAUGCAAGAAAAGCAAGAUUACUUCGCAACUCAGCUACAGUUAUCCAAAGGCACAUUAGAACUUGCACUACUCGUAAAGAUUACAUUGUAUUACGAAAGUCCUCUAUUCAUAUACAAUCUCAUUGGAGAGGAAGACUUGCUCGUGAAUUAUGUAAGUACAAGCGAAAGGAGGUGGCAGCAGUCAAAAUUCAAAAGAAUUUGCGUAGACAAUUGGCCAGAAGGGCAUAUACCGAUAUUAGAAUAUCUGCACUUGUGGUGCAAACAGGUUUUCGGGCAAUGGCUGCACGUAAGGAUUUCAGAUUUAGAGAGCAAACCAAGGCAGCAACUAUUAUUCAGACUUGUUGGCGCUGUCAUAGAGCUGUGUCAUACUAUAAGAAGCUGAAGAAAGCAUCAGUUAUUUCACAAAGCAGAUGGAGGGGAAGAAUGGUCAAGAAUUCAGAGGCCGCAACUAUCAUUCAGGCUUACUGGCGUUGCUAUAGAGCUGUGUCUUACUAUAAGGAACUAAAAAAAGCGUCAGCUAUCUUUCAGUGCAGAUGGAGGAGGAGAACUGCUGGGAAGGAGCAUUCAAAUGUAAAGAUGGCAAUAAGAGAAACAGGUUCAGAUGAAGAAGAAAGUUAUAAAUUUGAAAGACAAGUGGAGGAACUCAGAUGCUGUUUUCCAUCAGAAAAACAUCCAAAGAUGGACUUGGAGGAUGCAAAAGCACAAGAAAUAGAUGUGUCGUGCUUUUCUCUACAAACUUCCCAAAACAAAGUUGACGAAACAAAUGCAUUGCCUCCAGUGGAACAUUAUGCUGUGCUGAGAACAAUUGCAGUUCAUCCUGCUGUAAUACAAUCCUCAACUCCAAUCUCAGAUUCUAAGAAGGUUGAGAACCUCAAUGCUGAAGUGAAAAAAUUGAAGGCCUUGUUGUUGUCAGAAAAACAAAGAGCUGAUAAUUUUGAAAGGACAUAUGCAGAAGUCUGCAAAUUAAGUGAAAAAAGACGCAAAAAACUAGAAGAAACUGAACAAAGAGUCUAUCGACUUCAGGCCUCACUGAACAAGAUGUUAUAUUCCAUGUCCGAUCAAUUUGCAGAGCUGAAAAUGAUCUUAUAUGCUUCAUCGAACUUGAAUUCAACUUCCCUACCUGUUAAAAUUGAUGUUCAGGCUGAUGUUGCUCCCAAUAACUCUGCCUCAUCCAGUGAGUCUGAUUUCACUUUACCGGUUCCUGCCCUUACCUCAGUUGACUUCUCUUCCCCUGAUCCUAAUGCUUUCCAGCUGAUAGUUCAGGAUCUUUCAACAACGGAAAUUUCAGGUUCUGAUAACGGUGAUAAAGAGGGUGCAUUUGAUGACUUCUUCUGAUGGAAUUUAUUUUUGUUUUCCUUCCUUUUUAGCUAUUCAAUCUGUACUUGUUGGCAUGGCAGAGUAGCUCCUACAAAUCCCUGUUGGCUUAGAUAUUAACCACAUUCGCCAUAUAGAGUGGGCUCCUCCGCUUGAACUUCUACACACAACGCCAUAUACAUAGCUAGUGUUUCUCUCAAUAUUUCUACAGUAAUUACCAAGGUUAAACGGUCAAAAGGUUACUUAUAUCGAAUUGUAAAUUCAUUGUUGGUACUACUAACACCCAGGAUGAGUUUACCUUUUCUCCUAACAAGGGCUGAAAGUGAAAAACACAGGUCUCUCAACUUGCUGCAUGAGUUUGCUUAGCCUUUCACUUUGGAUUGCUUCUUACUUACUGUUCAACUAUGUAAAAGUGCGAGGGAAUCUGCGCUGCUUCAUCAAACUCGACAAGUUCAUUUUAAGAGAAGCAGCAUGAGAACAAGGAUUUUCUCAUUAAUUUGCACAUGCGGCGGAGCACCGAAGUAGCAGCUCGGAUGCCGAUUUCCUUUAGGGAAACCACCUUUGGUAUUGAGAUUGUUAUAAACAAGAAGGAUUUCAAAUUUUUCCUCACUCUAAAUUAUAUUUCAUACCCCCUGUCGUUUAUAUCAUCAACUGGCACUUCUGUUUAGUCUCGGAAUGUCUUAGGCUCUUUGCUACUUAAUGUAUGAUCUCUGUUGUUGAAGUUGCAACAUAAAUUCAACAUUUUCUGGGUGUAUUAAUACUCAUAAGACGGGCUGUUUAUAAUUUUUUCAACUUAGAGGUUUUGGAGCAUCUUCGAGGGGAGAAUUAGCUCAUCUUGUCGUUAUAAUUUAUGUCUAGUUUCCAACCUGUUCCU